AUGCCACCAAUUCUCAAUAAAAACAAAAAAGACUUAGCUGAGCAAGAGGGCCGGAUCCUGUUAGCUAUUUCCGAUUUACAAAAUGAACGAAUCUUGCGCGUGGCUCAAGCUGCAAGGAUUUAUAAGAUACCCCGGACCACUCUACAAAAGAGAUUGAGCGGUACUCAACAAAGAUCUCAAAUACGCGCCAACAAUCAUAAAUUGACUCAAUUUGAGGAGGAAUCACUUGUCAAAUGGAUACACGAUCUAGAUAAACGUGGAUUACCCCCUCGGCACUCCCUUGUACGAGAGAUGGCUAAUUAUCUUCUCUCGCAACACGGAAAUCAACAGGUUGGAGAAAAAUGGGUAUAUAAUCUUGUCAAACGUCGUCCAGAGAUUGAAUCAAAAUUCUCACGGAAAUACAACUAUGAACGUGCUAAAUGCGAAGAUCCGAAGAUAAUCCAAGAAUAUUUUGAUCGCAUACGAGAGGUUAUAUUGGAAUAUGGAAUCCUGCCAGAGGAUAUCUAUAAUUUUGAUGAGACUGGCUUUGCUAUGGGACUUUGUGAAACUGCCAAGGUUAUUACUGGAAGUGAUCGAUAUGCUCGGCCAAAGCUAUUACAGCCUGGUGAUCGAGAAUGGGUAACUGCAAUUGAGGCAGUUAACUCAACAGGAUGGGCUUUACCUUCAUAUAUUAUCUUUAAGGCAAAGAAAUAUAUGCGUUUAGGCUGGUUUGAGGAUCUUCCAGCUAACUGGAUAAUCAAUAUCAGUGAUAAUGGAUGGACAACAGAUAAGAUUGGAUUAGAAUGGCUUAAACUCCAUUUUAUUCCUCUUACAAGUGACCGGUCAAUUGGAAAGUAUCGGAUGCUAAUUCUUGAUGGCCAUGGAAGUCAUCUAACAGCUGAAUUUGACCGCAUAUGCACUGAGAAUAAUAUUAUUCCAGUGUGUAUGCCUCCUCAUUCUUCACAUCUCUUACAGCCUCUUGAUGUGGGCUGUUUUGCUGUUUUAAAGCGACAUUAUGGACAGCUUGUUGAGCAACGGAUGAGGCUUGGGUUCAAUCAUAUUGACAAAUUUGACUUUCUUACUGCAUUUCCAAUGGCUCGUACGAUGGCAUAUAAAGCUCAGAAUGUUCGGAAUAGCUUCGCAUCUACUGGAUUAGUACCAUUUAAUCCAAAUCGAGUCUAUCAACAGCUUACUGUUCGAUUGAAGACCCCAACACCUCCUCCAAGUCGAUCAAGUGAUACACAGUCAUCUUGCUUACAGACACCUCAGGAUCCCCGUCCAUUCAAGCGUCAAAUGACUACAAUUAAAAAACAGGUGAGCCAGCAUAUAAAAAACCCAUCUGAGGACUUUUAUAAAGCAAUUACACAGAUGUCAAAGGCUUAUGAAAUGAGGAAGGAAAUCCAUGAUCUACGGGCUGCACAUGGGAAGGAGAAGAAAAAACGUCAAAAAUCUAAAAAGCAAAUAUCUCUUGAGCGAGGAGUUAUUAGAGAGGAAGCUCAGGCACUUGUACAAGGUCAGAUUGAGGCAUCUCAAGCUGUUACUACUGCUCCGGCCGAGCCUGAGCUCCCAGUCUCUCAUCCACCUGUACGACGUCAAUUUCGCUGCAGUGGUUGCGGCAUUGAAGGACAUAAAAUAACUACAUGUCCUAAUCGUACCAGUAAUUAA